ACUCCAUGUGAUUUAUUUGGGAGCUUGUAAAAAGCAAAUGGUAAAGAGUAAAAAACAACCAACAGCAGCCAAGACUGAGGACAGGGGCAAGUGGUGACUUUAGGGCAAAGUUGUGUCAUGGAUUGCCUUCCAUAGAAAUCCUGCCCACCUGGCAGUGCCUGGUGCACCACCAUGGUAGCAUGUUCCUAUCUAUGUCCAUGGCAGAGUCUUUGGGAGAGAUAAAGCUCUAAAUCAGGAGAAAGAAGCCAAAGAAGGUCACACAGGGAAACUGGGUUACACUUGAAUGCAGCACAUUCACCUGGAUUGGCCACUGUCUGCCUCCUGCCUCUCCCUCUCUUUCUCUACUAUGACUCUCCUGUACAGCUGGCACCAUGGGGACCUACGAGCCAGGAUGUGCUGCCCUAUCCCAAGUGAUGGGGAUGAUGAGAGGGCAGGAUCUAACCAAUCAACAGUUAUUCAACACCCACCUAUGCUAGGGCUGAAAAUCCAUAGCCUAUAGGUACCUGCAUUUAUGUGCAGCAUCACCUACUUCACUAGUCUAUGUCUGUUCUACAGGACUAUUACUCCCUCUUGUGCAAAGAAUGACCUUGGGAAUAAGAGGUGGUGAAGCUCCACAGGCCAGUAUUCUUAAAAUUUGAAUUGUUGUAUGAGAUACCGACCCCAUAAUCCUGGCCCUUGCAUCUCUGAUCCUAGGUAUAAGGAAAAGAAGGGCUUUACACAAAGACAACUGUCUCAUCUAUCCAUGUGCAGCUCAGGAUCUGGCUCCACUCAUAUCUUUUGAAUGGGAUAGGCCAGGGCUGGGCAGAGUAUACAUUUGUAUUGUAAGCCUUAGACUAUUUGUGCAAGUAUCUUGAGCUCAACCUCUUAUCGGCCCCACAUUGGGCAACAAAACCAAGCAGCUCUGAUUUCACCAGCAGGAUGCCAUGAAACAGAUGCCUGCACAGUCACAGCCAAACUAGUAUCCAAGGACCAAAAUAGCAGUCAGAUGACCACGAGGGCCAGUUUACCACUUUCUGUGCAGAGCCCAGAAGCAGCAGCAGCUAAAAGUAGGCACAAAAGCCACAUGCUUUGGGAGGAACAGCAGGGACAGCACCAUCCUCACCAGGGACACAAUGAGGUCGCUCCGUUUCAUUUCUGCUGAAGCCUUGGUGUCCCACCCCCAGCUGGCCCAGGAGAACCUGGACCAUAUAGCCUACAACCUCUACCCACUCCUGUUCAAGGCCAGUUACCUGCUAGAGCAGGCAGAAGUAACUCGUGCUGUGCUGAGUCACUGGCCACUAGAGGAGUUCCGGCUGGCUGUGCUGCUGGGGCCAAACAUCGACCACCCCAAAGACCUGCGUGAUCGUGCCUGCAAGGCCUGCCUGGAGGCCUGCCUGGAGGGCCUUGCUGACCAUGUGCUGCAAAGUGGGAGCAACCGGCUUCGAGUAGCUGAUUUCACAGGCAUCCAGGAUGUACAGGUGCAGCAAUGUCCUUGUGGGAGGGCACUAGGAAGGUGGGGCCGCACUAAGGUGCUGGCCAGGAUCUGCUGCCAGCUCCAAGGACAGCCCUGUACAGCUAGGCACCCCAUUGAAGUCUUUACUGACCUCUUUGUCACAGAAGGCAACUUUGACAUGGUGGUGCAGGCCCUGAAGCCAGCAGGCCCAGCCCCUCUGCAGGUCUGCUGCCCUUCACUCCGGGCAGAUAGUCUGAGUCCUGGGCAGCUCCUUCAAGUGCUUGGCCUAGCUCGGCCAAGCAAGCUAAGAAAGUUGGAAGUAGUACACAAUGUACGGUUACAUGCUGGCCAUGUACAGCAGCUGCUUGCCCAGGUGGGCUUCCCUCAGCUGACCUCACUCACCUUACCUACCAAGGCCUUUGAUGCACCCCCUACCUGUGCCCCAACUCCAGAGGGUGAGAAUCCACUCCUCAACUCUAUUGCUUGGGAGCUCAGCCAGAUGAACAAGCUCACUGAGCUAAGUGUAGCUUUCUCUACACUGACUGGGAAGAUCCAAACAUUGCUUAGCCCCUUGAAGACCCCACUAAGAGUGCUGGACCUGGCCAACUGUGCCCUUAAUCAUGAAGAUAUGUCCUUCUUAGCAGAUUGUAAGCAUACUGCCCACUUGGAGGUGCUGGACCUCAGUGGACACAACCUGGUCCAUCUGUAUCCUUCUACCUUCUUCAGGCUGUUGAGCCAGGCUGCCCAAACACUGAGAGUGCUCACCCUUGAAGAAUGCAACAUCACGGACAACCAUGUUGGCAUGAUGAUUCUGGGCCUCAGCCCUUGCAGCCAGCUCCAGGAGUUCAAGUUCCUUGGAAACCCACUGUCAGCCAGUGCUCUCCAGCGCCUGUUUGCUGCUCUCUGCGAACUCCCUAGGCUCCGCCACAUUGAGUUUCCAGUGCCAAAGGACUGCUAUCCUGAGGGCACUGCCUACCCACAUGAUGAGCUGUCUGUGUCCAAAUUUGACAAACAGAAAUAUGACAUGAUUGCAGAGGAUCUUCGAGCAGUACUGCUUCGAGCUAACCGGGAGGACAUCCAGGCCUCCACCCCUGUUUUUGGAAGUUUUGACCCAGACAUUCAUGAAACCAGCAAUGAACUCGGUACUUUCUUGCUGCAAGCUUUCAAAACUGCUUUGGAAAACUUUUCCAGAGCACUAGAACAAAUGGAGUAGGUCCUGUAAUCAUGCCACAAGAGGCUGUGCGUUUCAACUACCAUGGUGCCCUGAGUUGGAAGAUCAGGCCCAGCCAUUUGUCACCAGCAGUGUCACUGCCACAGAAUUCCUUAGUGAAAACUACAGUCAUACUCAUUACAUGCUCUAAGAGGAAGCCCAGCUAUGUAAAUGGGUGUGUGUCAGCACAGCAGAAUCCUAAAGUAAAGAAAGAGGAAGCCACCUGAGUGACAGCUAUCACCAAGGUAGAAAGUGGAGGAGAAUGUGGACACCAGGGAAGGAUGUAGUGGGAGCAGGGCCAACUUGGCUCUGAUGCAGUGAGGGGAAGGAAAUGAGAAAACUCAUCACAGAAAAUGUGUAAGAGCAGCAGCCCAUAAAAAAUAACCAGAGAAAGACACAGAAAAGUGAACCGGACCCCUGAGCCUAGCAGAAGCUUAGCUAUGUUGUCUGUUGUACUUUUAACCAGAUGAGAUCUGCCUACAAAGAAAG